AUGGAGAUCGAAUUUUUGGAUGCCAAAUCGUCGAAAUCGCUCGGCAAGUGUCGCGUUUCUAGCGACACUACACUGGAAGCGCUUAAAACCGAGGUGCAAAAGCUGAAACCCGCGCUGACCGUGCACCGUCAGUCGCUCCGGCUGGAAGCACGCGGCAAAGCACCGAAGGAAAGCGAAACACUGAAAACGCUCAAUGUGUCCUCCGGUGGGAAAAUUUACGUUCGUGAUCUUGGGCCACAGAUCAGCUGGAAGGGUGUAUUUCUGGCGGAAUAUGCUGGACCAAUAUUUGUCUACCUGAUCUUCUACCAGCGACCAUCGCUCAUCUACGCCAAUGCCGAUAAUCCGAUGAGUCUUACCGCCAAGAUUGCGGCAGCAUGCUGGGUUGGACACUACACUAAGCGUCUGUUGGAAACUCUGUUCGUACACCGGUUCUCCCAUGCGACAAUGCCGUUGAGAAAUCUGUUUAAAAACUGCUCCUAUUACUGGGCGUUCGCCGGGUACGUGGCCUACCAUGUAAACCACCCACUAUUUACGGAACCCUGCGCCGCGCUGGUGUAUGCUGGAUUGGCCACGUUUGUGGUCAGUGAGCUGGGCAAUUUCUCCAUCCAUGUUUUGCUGCGCAACUUGCGACCGGCCGGAUCGAACGUGAGAAAAAUACCCGUGCCGGAUGCAAAUCCACUUACGCAACUGUUCAACUUUGUCUCGUGCCCGAACUACACGUACGAGUUCUUCUCGUGGGUCGGUUACACCUUGAUGACGUCCUGCAUUCCAGCCGGUCUGUUUGCUGCUGCUGGCAUGUACCAGAUGAGCGUGUGGGCACUCGGCAAGCACCGCAACUACAAGAAAGAGUUCAAAGACUAUCCGAAAAAUCGCAAAGCUAUCCUUCCAUUUGUGCUGUAA